AUGAGUAACAGAAAUCAAACUAUGGUGACUGAGUUUGUUUUCAUGGGUUUAACAAAAUCCUUCCAGAUCCAAGUUGUCCUCUUCGUGACAUUUCUAGUUGUGUAUGUUGUCACUCUUCUGGGAAACCUGGGGAUGAUUGCUGUCAUCUGGGUGGAUUCCCGACUCCACACCCCCAUGUACUUUUUCCUCAGCCACUUGUCCUUUGUGGAUGCCUUCUCUUCUUCUGUUAUUGGUCCCAAAAUGUUGUCUGAUGUUUUUGUGGAGAAGAAGGUGAUCUCAUUCAUUGGUUGUGCUGUUCAGUUAUGUUUUUUCAGUCAGUUUGUAGUGACAGAAUGUUUCCUGCUAGCUUCCAUGGCAUAUGAUCGGUAUAUGGCCAUCUGUAAGCCCUUGCUGUAUACACUUAUUAUGUCCCAGCGGGUCUGUGUGCAACUGGUGGCAGGACCUUAUAUUAUGGGCCUUAUAAGCACUGCCACCCAUAUGACUUUUGCCUUUCGUCUACCAUACUGUGGUCCAAGUAUCAUCAAUCACUUUUUCUGUGACCUUCUUCCUGUUCUCUCCUUGGCAUGUGCAGAUACUCAGGUUAAUCAGUUUUUGCUUUUCAUCAUGGCUGGAGCCCUUGGAGUUCUCAGUGGAGUGAUCAUCCUGGUAUCCUACAUUUAUAUUGUCAUCACCAUCUUGAGGAUCCGCUCUGCUGAUGGGAGGCGCAAAGCCUUCUCCACCUGCUCUUCACACCUGACAGCUGUCUCUAUCCUUUAUGGGACUCUUUUCUUCAUCUAUGUUCGUCCAAGCUCUAGUUUCUCAUUGGAUAUCAAUAAAGUGGUGUCUUUGUUUUACACAGCAGUGAUUCCCAUGUUGAACCCACUUAUCUACAGUCUGAGAAACAAGGAGGUCAAAGAUUCAUACAGAAGAAUAUUUGAAAAGAAGUUUUGCUACAGUUUGGGAGAUAAAGCAUUAUAG